AUGGAGCUCCUCCGUGAGCGGCUCGUCGAGUGCAGCUGGAGGGAUGAGAUGAAGGCACUCUGCAGGGCCUAUGCAAGGAAGAAAGGAAGAAAUAAUGUGACGGUAGAUGACCUCAUUCAUGUUAUUACUCCGAAAGGAAGAGGAACCUUCCACCUUGUAAUGCUGCAUUGUGUUAUAAUUGCUCAACUGAUGCUUGAUUUCACAAUUAGAAAACAGAAACGCAAUCUUGAUAUAAACGAUAACACUCAUGUGCAUCAUGUGAAACCUGAAACCUCUGACUGGGUCAUCUCCAAUGGGGCCCAACGUGAACAGAUUCCACUUUGUCAUUGUGGCUCCGUUCGGAUGGUGUUCAAGGGCACGCGAACGGGGCAUGUGUUGUGA